GUCGAACAAUUAUUAUACGUAGGUCCUUCAGUGCCUGUAGUGACGAAGGAAAGGUAAAACUGUCACGAGCAAGGUAGAUACUUUACAACUUGAGGCAGCUCAUUUAUCUACUUUUUUCUCACUAACAUCAACAUCAGCGAAGAAAUUAAAUUUCGAAUACACCAUGGAGAAUUUUUUCGCUGCCGAACAGACCCCGAUUCCGUGUCGCCUGUGCCCCACGGCGAGCGGGUUCAUUUUUUUCUACGUCACCGCAGCCACUAUCGCGGUCGAGACCUUUCUGUGGCAUCUGCGCAGAAGCAGAAAGAGCCACGCCUCGCUGCAAUUCAAGCAGGAACAUCACCAGAAAAGCGUCCGUUUAUUCGCGGGACUGACGCGAGACCAAAUCAAGCAGGACAAGGUCGCUCGUGGGGAAAAUGAUUCGACUGGAAAAAGGAGUAAAAGCCUCGACGGUAGUCCAGAAUCGCCAGAAACAGCAUCUCUCUUGGUUGCUGCCGUUGGCGUGGGUCGUGGAAAUGUAAAUGAAGAACUAACAGGACGACGAGAAGACGAAAGAAUCAACUGUCAACCACAACAGGCAGCAGGAAUAGGAGCUGGCGCUUCGUUGUUGAAAACUAAUCGUGCGUCGGCGGCGGUCUCGGCAGAGGAAAUCAACAGUUCGCAGGUGCAGGUGAUUUUUCAGACCGGGAAAAAACUUGAUCUCUCCGGGGUCGUGUUGUUCUACCAGUGGGUGGGUUACCUGCUCCUCUGUUCCCUGUUCCUCCUCUUCCUGUUCCUGCCGAAACUAUACCCGACCGCCAGGGCGUACGGCGGCGUCAGAAUCGAAAUCGAGCAGGUUCAAAAAUUUUUGGUGCAUAAAAUCGAUGCCAGUUUUUGGAAGCCCCAUUCAAUUCUCAAGCGGCGCAUGACAAAUUUAGGCAUCAUGUAAAUCCAGUCUGUUAGCCUGUUUAGGGAAAGGAGACAUCCUCCUGCUUGUGUGUUUAGCAGCUCUAGUAUCCCAAACGACCCCAAACAGGCUUGCAAUAAUAUCGGCCGCUCUUGCAAUCCCUGCAAGCCAGGCGCUUCGUGGCUUGUAUUUUAUGCAUCACAGAUUAUUUCAAAAGUCUGUCGCUUUCGGUCCUGGCGCUUCCAUAGGGCGGGACCUUCCAUCUUCCGGUCGUUUAUCGAGUGCCACUUCUUCGCCCAGUCCGGGUCUGCUAGUAGUGGUCGAGCCACUUCUUUCAUCGGGGGCUUUCUCGAUGCGACAGGAGCUGGUGCGUUCCCAUUACCACAGGCACAGUUGGACGCGCCGUCAAUAGGACGCAGCGGUAAUUUUCUCCGCGACCGGCUGCUACUUCUACAUCCUGUUUCCCUUCUUCUACCUGGAGGGGGCGGGGAGGAGUAUCAACAUGCAGACGCCGCAGCAGGAGAGGGAGCUGCAGCUGCAGGAUCGUGGCCCUCUACGGGUGGUGUAGAUGUGCCCGUUGUACACGAGCGGAUCCAGCGCCACCUUCUGCGAGGAACCGCCGCGGUGGACCGGGCACCAAAAGAUGUUCCGCUAUCAAAUGUAAAAAUGUCUGGGUCUGGAAGAAUGCAAGAUUUGUGGUGCAGGUUUUCCAUGCCCCACGAGGUCUCGAUGCGAGACCCGGCAUGACAGACUCUUUGAGGUCUCUAUCACGCACUUACGCAGCACAGAUUUUUGCAUCAUUUAGAUUUAAUAGCAUGACAAGUUCCAUU